AAAAAAGGGUUUAGAAAAAUAGAAUAAAGGAAAAAGGGGAAAGCAAAUGGCAUCAAUAUUCAAUACAUUACAGCAUUUAUUCUGCUUCUCCGCUAUCAACGCAUUUUCUGAUCUAUUUUUUGCUUCAUACCAAAAUGAGACCAUGACGACGCCGGCUCAGCCACCGCCACCGUCAUCGCCCCAACCGCCACCGCCACCCAGAACUGUUAGGAAGCUCGUUGUCGAAAUCGCUGAUGCUCGUAACCUUCUUCCUAAAGACGGCCAAGGAAGCUCGAGUCCUUAUGUGGUUGCCGAUUUCGAUGGGCAGAGGAAGCGGACCGCUACUAAGUUUCGUGAGCUCAAUCCGACAUGGAAUGAGCCGCUUGAAUUUAUUGUCUCCGAUCCUGAUAAUAUGGAUUAUGAGGAGCUUGAUAUUGAGGUUUUCAACGAUAAGAGGUACGGCAAUGGUAGUGGCCGGAAGAAUCAAUUCUUAGGGAGGGUGAAACUGAACGGAAGCCAGUUUGCGAAGAGAGGAGAAGAAGGUUUGGUUUACUAUCAAUUGGAGAAGAAGAGCGUGUUCAGCUGGGUGAGAGGCGAGAUUGGGCUUAGGAUCUGUUACUACGACGAGUUAGUUGAAGAAGCUCCGCCGCAACCUCCGCCGCAGGAGGAGCAACCGAUUCAGACUGUUACCGAGAAGCCUAAUACUCCGGAGGCUGUUGUCGAGGAAGCAAGGAUGUUCGAGCUUCCGCCGCAGGGGGAGGUCGGUCAUAACGAUUCGAAUCCGCCGCCGGUGGUAGUUAUCGAUGAGCCGCCGCCGCAGGAGAUGCCGGUACAUUCUGAGCCACCACCGAUGGAGGUAAAUGCUCCUCCGCCUGCGGAGGGCCAAUUUGCACCAGAAAUUAGAAAGAUGCAGAAUAACAAGGCAGCAGGAUUUGGGGAAGGGGUUAGGGUUUUGAGAAGGCCGAAUGGGGAUUACUCUCCGAGAGUAAUCAAUAAAAAAUUCAUGGCGGAGACAGAGAGGAUUCAUCCGUACGAUCUUGUGGAGCCGAUGCAGUACCUCUUCAUCCGUAUCGUGAAAGCCAGAAAUAUCGCUCCUAAUGAGCGCCCCUACUUACAGAUUCGCACAUCAAGCCAUUACGUCAAAUCGGAACCGGCGAAUCAUCGGCCUGGUGAACCGACUGAUUCGCCGGAAUGGAAAUGUGUCUUUGCCCUCCGCCAUAAUCGGCCUGAUACGGCAAAUACGACGCUGGAGAUUGCCGUCUGGGAUUCUCCAUCGGAUCAGUUCCUCGGUGGCGUUUGCUUUGAUCUUUCCGAUGUUCCUGUACGUGAUCCGCCUGAUAGUCCUCUGGCUCCUCAGUGGUACCGCCUUGAAGGCGGUGCCGGAGAUCAACAAACCACCAAAAUUACCGGCGACAUUCAGCUCUCUGUUUGGAUUGGAACUCAAGCCGACGAUGCAUUUCCAGAAGCUUGGUGCUCCGAUGCGCCACACGUGGCUCAUACGCGCUCGAAGGUUUAUCAAUCUCCGAAGCUAUGGUACUUGAGAAUUACAGUAAUAGAAGCGCAGGACCUUCACAUCGCUUCAAAUCUGCCUCCAUUAACGGCACCCGAGAUUCGGAUCAAAGCACAGCUGAGUUUUCAGUCGGCUCGGACCAGGCGAGGGUCCAUGAACAACCAUAGCGCCUCAUUUCACUGGAACGAGGACCUCGUCUUCGUUGCCGGCGAGCCUCUCGAAGACUCCCUGAUCAUACUCGUUGAAGACCGAACGAGCAAGGAGGUCGUACUCCUCGGCCACGUCAUGAUUCCGGUGGACACUGUCGAACAGCGGUUCGAUGAGCGGUAUGUGGCGGCGAAAUGGUUUUCUUUAGAAGGCGGCAACGGUGGCGAAUCAUACAGCGGCAGAAUCUAUCUCCGCCUCUGUUUGGAAGGCGGAUAUCACGUGUUGGAUGAGGCGGCGCACGUGUGUAGUGACUUCCGUCCGACAGCGAAGCAGCUGUGGAAGCCAGCCGUUGGAAUUCUGGAGCUCGGGAUUCUGGGAGCUCGAGGAUUGCUUCCGAUGAAGACGAAAGAUCCGGGGAAGGGGUCCACUGACGCUUACUGUGUCGCGAAGUACGGGAAAAAGUGGGUCCGAACCAGAACGAUGACUGACAGCUUUGAUCCACGUUGGAAUGAACAGUACACGUGGCAAGUAUACGAUCCUUGCACUGUUCUCACCAUCGGCGUCUUCGAUAACUGGCGAAUGUACUCCGACGCGGCGGAGGACAAGCCGGAUUAUCACAUCGGAAAAGUAAGGAUUCGGGUGUCAACCCUCGAGAGCAACAAAAUCUAUACAAACUCGUACCCUCUGUUGGUGUUGCAGAGAACAGGGUUGAAGAAAAUGGGUGAAAUCGAGCUAGCCGUCCGGUUCGCCUGUCCGGCACUGUUGCCAGAUACAUGUGGAGUUUAUGGGCAGCCCUUACUUCCAAGAAUGCAUUAUCUCCGCCCUCUGGGGGUGGCUCAACAGGAGGCGUUGCGCAGAGCCGCCACAAAGAUGGUGGCAACCUGGUUAGGCAGGUCGGAGCCACCAUUGGGGUCGGAGGUGGUUCGAUACAUGUUGGAUGCUGAUUCACACGCUUGGAGCAUGAGAAAAAGCAAGGCAAAUUGGUUUAGGAUCGUUGCAGUUUUGGCAUGGGCGGUGGGAUUGGCCAAAUGGUUGGAUGACAUCCGGCGAUGGAGGAACCCCAUAACCACAAUUCUUGUUCAUAUUUUAUAUCUGGUUCUUGUUUGGUACCCAGAUUUGAUAGUCCCAACUGGGUUUCUUUACGUGUUCUUAAUCGGAGUUUGGUACUAUCGGUUCAGACCGAAAAUCCCCGCCGGAAUGGACACACGAUUAUCGCACGCCGAGGCAGUAGAUCCAGAUGAACUAGAUGAAGAAUUCGACACAAUUCCAAGCUCAAAGCCACCGGACGUAAUCCGGGUCAGGUACGACCGGCUAAGGAUACUGGCUGCAAGAAUCCAAACAGUAUUGGGGGAUCUUGCUACCCAAGGGGAGAGAGUACAAGCGUUGGUUAGUUGGAGGGACCCUCGAGCCACAAAGCUGUUCAUUGGAGUAUGUUUCACCAUCACAUUGAUCCUCUACGCGGUUCCGCCCAAAAUGGUGGCAGUGGCACUCGGAUUCUACUACUUGCGCCACCCCAUGUUCCGGGAUCCUAUGCCGUCAGCAAGUCUGAACUUUUUCCGGCGACUUCCUAGCCUAUCAGAUCGGUUAAUGUAGACUAAAGUAGUACAUGAAAGUAUUAAAAGUGUAUUAUCAUUAUCAUUAUUAUUAUUUUUAACCCCUUUUUGUGGGGUUUUCCAUAAUUACAACCCCAAAUUGAUGGGGUAGUAGUUGAGUGGCUACUUGAUAGCCAGUGGGGAAGGGAAAGUUCAAACUGGUGGAGUUGAAAAAGAUGUCCCAAAAAAUAACACGGUCAAGUGUGAAAAGGGAGCUGUCAUCAUGUUGUUUGGUUCUUGGAGAUGGAAUUCGAUUGACCAACACAGUAAUAAGAGAAAACAGAGUCCCAAUAGUUUGCUGUAAUUGUGUCCUGAAAAGUUGGAACAUCACGGAUUAUUUUCAAACAUAUCAGAUCUUCCUCUACUGUUGGCAGCAAAAUUGGAAUAAUAAUAUACAGAGCUUUCUUCUUUGAUUA